UCAUUUACCAAAAGCGGAAACGGUACUGUUAAUGAAAUACUGGAAUUUUCGAGAUCUCUCAAAAAACAAAAAGGAUUUUUGCGUAUCAAAAUUUGAAGAUCCAAAAUUGAAUCAAAUUUUAGGGGGUUUCUGGGUGAGAGCAUGAACGAUAAAUCGCGGUUGAUGAAUCCACCGCAGUUGAUGAGCCAGGCACAGAUGAUAAGUCAACCUCAGGUAAUGAAUUCCGUUCAGCCUCAGAUUUUAAAUCAGAAUCCGGCUGUUUUAGUUCAAUCGCAGGCCAUGAACCAGCCUCUUCCUCAGGUGUUGAACCCGGUUCAGUCUCAGUCUCAGAUGAUGAGCCAUAGUGGAGCAAUAAACCAGCAGCAGCCUCCGAUGAUGAUGAUAAUGAAUCAGAGAGGCUACAAGCCAUGGCCACCGCAGCAGCAGUCUUCGAUGGAUCCAAACAAGAAGUUUCAGAAUCAACAAAACCCUUUGAAGUUCAAUAAUAAUGUUAAUAAUAAUUUUGUUCCUUCAAAGCCCAGAAGCAACAAGAAUUGGAAGGGCAAAAAUAUCAACAACAAAGACCAGAGAAGAAUGGAAAAGUCCAUGCCUAAUAUACCCAACAUCUGCAACUCGGCCUUGGCCAUUGCCGGUCCUAGUGGUGCUGGUGGUUACAAGCCCCCUAGCCUGAAUGAUCUCCAAACCCAAAACCGAAUGAAAGCUAGAAAAUACUACCACCCAAAGAAAAAGUUCAACAACCGGUUUGCUCCUUACGCGCCUAGAAACACAACGUCUUUUAUUAUACGUGCAAAAAAAGCCGGAGGUAUCGCAUCCUUGGUGUCCCCUUGUCCGGUGACGCCUGCUGUUUUGCCUACUCCUAUAUUCUCGCCUUCGAGGGAGGUAUUGGGUGACAUGGCAAAGGAAGAAUGGGGUGUUGAUGGAUAUGGGUCCAUGAAGGGAUUGAUAAGACUGAGAUCACCUGGAAAUGAAGUGGAGGUUCAUGAUGAGGAAGAGGAAGAGGAGGGUAAUGGGUCAAGCGAGAGUGAUGUGGAAGAGCACGUGGAGGUGGAAAGGAGAUUGGACCAUGAUUUGAGUAGGUUUGAGAUGAUUUACCCAACUUAUGGAGGUGGGGAUUAUAGUUAUAAUAAUGUUUUGGAGAAUAGGGUGGAUGAUCAAGAUACCCAUAUAGCACAAUUGGAAGAAGAGAAUUUGACACUGAAAGAGAGGUUGUUUCUGAUGGAGAGAGAGUUGGGGGAUUUGAGGAGGCGGUUGCAGUUCUUGGAGAGGCAUCAAGGUCAGGGAAGCAGCGUUUUGGCUGUUGAAGAUGUGAAUGAGGAGGUUGUGGAAAAUGUUUAUGAGAAUGAUGAAAAUGAGAAUGAGAGUGACGGUGGAUCAGAUGAUGGUGCGACUGGAAAUGAGAAUAAUGGGGAGGUGAUGGAGUAUGUGAGUGGGAGUGGAGAAGUUAGGAGUGUUAGAAAUGAUGUUAAGGAGAGUCGUGAUGUUUGUAUGCAAGAGACUGUAUCUUAUAAUGUCGAAAUUGGGAAAGACGUGAUCGAGAAUAAAAUUGUAGGAAGUGAGUUUGUAGUUAGUAAUGAAGUAAUUGAGAAGGAGGAUGACGCAAAAGGUGAAGAAGUGAGGAAUGAUGUCGAAAUAGAAAAAUUGAUUGCAAAGGAGGAGGAGAAGGAAUUGUCUAAGAGUGAGGGUUUUGGGAAUAAGAGGCAAGACGAGGUGGCGAAAGAUGAGCAGAAGGAAUGAAGAAUCUAACAUAGGGAAGAGCAUUGGCAGCGGUGACUAAUCUAAUUGUCCCUGUUAAUGUAAGUCUCUUCUCUGAAUAAAUAGAACAUUUUACCUGUAUCUUUGCGCAAUGGAUAUAUGGCGCUUUAUGUAGAUGUAGUUUGUUUUUCUUUUCGUUUGUGGUUUUAUAGUUUGUUGGUCAAGGGGGAAUUUAGGAAGAACUGAACUAUAUUCUCUAUUUUCCCCUACUUUGGCUUAACAAAUGUAGGAGGUAGUUUAGUAGUUCUUAUCCUUUCGAGGUGGGUGGGAAGUUUGUAUUGAGGUUCAUCAUGUGAAAAGUAUAAAUCUGAAUGUAUCAUUUUCAUUA